ACACCGGAGCGUGGUUUCCCAGGGCUGCGUCCCGCCAGCGAGCAGGAGCUGAAGUCGCCGUCCCCGAGCCAUGGCUUUCCCGGCGCCGAAGCCGCGGGCCCCGGAGCUGCCGCGGAAGCGCGUGAAGACGCUGGAGUGCGGGCAGGGGGCGGUGCGGGCCGUCCGAUUUAAUGUGGACGGCAAUUACUGCCUGACGUGCGGCAGCGACAAGACCCUGAAGCUCUGGAACCCGCUGCGGGGGACGCUGCUGCGGACCUACAGCGGCCAUGGCUACGAGGUGCUGGACGCGGCCGGCUCCUUUGACAACAGCAGCCUCUGCUCCGGCGGCGGGGACAAAGCUGUGGUGCUGUGGGAUGUGGCGUCGGGGCAGGUCGUGCGCAAGUUCCGGGGCCACGCAGGGAAGGUGAACACGGUGCAGUUUAACGAAGAGGCCACAGUCAUUCUGUCCGGUUCCAUUGAUUCCAGCGUCCGCUGCUGGGACUGUCGCACGCGGAAGCCAGAGCCCGUCCAAACCCUGGAUGAAGCCAGGGACGGCAUCUCCAGCGUGAAAGUGUCCGACCACGAGAUCCUGGCGGGUUCCGUGGACGGCCGAGUGAGACGCUACGACCUGAGGAUGGGGCAGCUUUUCUCCGAUUACGUGGGCAGCCCCAUCACCUGCACCUGUUUCAGUCGGGACGGCCAGUGCACCCUGGUGUCCAGCCUGGAUUCUACGCUGCGGCUUCUAGAUAAAGACACGGGGGAGCUGCUGGGCGAGUAUACCGGCCACAAGAACCAGGCAUACAAGCUGGACUGCUGCCUGAGCGAACGUGACACACACGUGGUCAGCGGCUCAGAGGACGGGAAGGUGUUCUUCUGGGACCUGGUGGAGGGUUCCCUGGCGCUGGAGCUGCCUGUGGGGGCUGGCGUGGUGCAGUCCCUGGCCUUCCACCCCACAGAGCCCUGCCUGUUGACUGCCACGGGGGGCAGCGUCCACUGCUGGCGGGAAGAUGCCUACGAGGCGGAGGGGGGAGCCGGCUGAAGCUGGGGAUCCACCAAGGAUGGACACACAGACCCCCAGAGAAGGACGGGUGAUGCUUUAUUCUGGACAUGU